AUGGAUCGAAAUGACGAUUCGAUAGCCGAUGGGGCAGCCCAGAACUCCUUGGCGGCCGUGCUAUCCUCGUCCUUCCGAUCCCGGUCCCCCAUCGCGGAGGAGGCAAUCGCUAGGGAUGUAGCCCAAUGCCACAGACACCAUGGCGAGGAAGCUAUCGAUUCGGAGUCCGAGGCCCCCGUGGACAUGCUAGGUCCCACCAUGUAUCGGCGGCCAAGCGGGGUCGCCUAUGGUCCUGCGCGACCUGUCUUCGACGACCUAUCAGUCGAUGCGCCCGUCCUAACCCCAAGGGAGAUGGUGCAGUCGAGGGAUGCCGAGCGUGUCCUCCUCCAAGACAACCACAUUUUGCCUCCCACGGAAAGCGAGACGAAACCAGUAUCGUCUUGGUGGGGUCGAUGGGUUGCGAAGCCAAGAAAGCGCAAGGAGGGUCGCGAACCUCAAGAGACGACCCCCCUCUUACCAGGUCACCACCAUGAGGCUAGUUACGGAGAUGAGGAGCUGAAUCAGCAAUGGAACGAGGCUGUAUCUGCCGGCCGCAUUCGGACGACCUGGGCGCGAGAGGCGCGAACUAUCGGCUCCUAUGCCGCGCCGUUGCUCGUUGCAUUCAUGUUGCAGUAUUCCAUUAAUGUCGUCUGUAUAUUCGCUGUGGGUAGGAUUGGAAAGGUGGAGCUUGGUGCUGUGAGCCUCGCGAGUAUGACAUCCGUCAUCACUUGCUAUGCGCCAUUCCUCGGCCUCGCGACGAGCUUGGAUACGUUAUGUGCGCAAGCCUAUGGGUCUGGACACAAGCACCUUGUUGGCUUGCAGUUUCAGCGCAUGACCUACUUGCUUCUUCUAUGUUACAUCCCCAUCGCCGUGGUAUGGUGGAAUGGAGAGUGGAUUCUGGCCAAAGUAGUCCCUGAGCCUAGAUCCGCGGAGCUCGCGGGUCAAUACCUCCGGGUCUUGAUCGUGGGCGGGCCGUUCAUCGGGAUCUUCGAGGCGGGCAAGAGGUUCGUCCAGGCCCAGGGCCUGUUCCAUGCCGUUACAUUUGUUCUCCUUGCCGCCGCGCCCAUCAACGUGUUUGCUAAUUGGCUGCUCGUAUGGAAGCUCGAACUUGGCUUCAUCGGUGCCCCAAUUGCCAUUGUUAUCACUGAAAUCUUGAUGCCUGUAUUCUUGCUCCUUUACGUACGCUUCGUUGAUGGAUAUCAAUGCUGGGGCGGGUUUAGCAAGCGUGCCUUUACAAAUUGGGGACCGAUGAUUCGUCUGGCGAUUCCUGGUAUGAUCAUGAUAGAGGCUGAGUAUCUUUCAUUUGAAAUCCUCGCCUUGGCUUCUAGUCAGCUGGGGACUUCCGAGCUUGCCGCCCAAACCGUCUUGAGCACCCUCAUCUCUAUCGCUUACCAGUUGCCGUUUGCACUCUCGGUUGCGGCGUCUACUCGAGUUGCCAAUCUCAUCGGGGCUGGCCUCGUUGACGCUGCAAAGAUCAGUGCUCAGGUGACUGUGUUCUUAGGAACUCUCCUCAGCGUCUUCAACAGCUCCGUGAUGACAAUCUUCCGUGAAUCUCUUGUAGACCUCUUCACCAAGGACCUCGAAGUCAAGGCUUUGGUUCUCGCAGUCAUGCCUGUCGCCGCCACCAUAACAACCAGCGACGGCCUGUCUGUCAGUGCCCACGCCAUCCUCAGGGGCAUCGGCCAGCAGCACAUUGGCGGAUACGCCAAUCUCGUCGGCCACUAUCUCUUGUCCAUGCCCUUGGCCUUUGGCGCUGCGUUUGGACUCGGAUGGAAGCUGAAGGGUUUGUGGCUCGGUCUCAUGUGCGGAUUAAUAUUUGUUGCUCUUGUUGAAUAUAUUUAUAUAUACCUUACGGAUUGGAAGAGGGCGGCUAAGGAGGCCGAGGCGAGGAACACGGCAGAAUGA